AUGCGAGCACUUCUCAAAUCACUGGACGACAGCAACAAAGAGGUGGAACUGACGGUCGGAAAGACAACACUCGGCAGAGGAGUACUUCUCAAUUGCUCGGAUAAGAAAGUGUCGCGAAAUCACGCCUUCAUUGAAGUGACAAAUGCCGGCGAAAUCCUAUUAACUUCGGCACACGUGAAUCCAUGCUUUUAUUACACCAAUGACUCGAGUAGUGGACCGAAAAUCAUUAAGAAAGACAUGACUCAGACGUUGUCUUCGGGCGAUAUCUUCAGUCUUUUGGCCAACAAUUAUAAAUAUCAAGUGGUUAUCGAUUCGGACACAAAAGCCGCCAAAACAGAGAAUAAUGACUCGAAGGCCAGCGAAGACAAACACGAAGACAAUUCGGUGAACGGCGAGAGCGAGACCUCGAAGAAUGACUCGAAGGCCGAGUCGAAGAAAGUAGAGGAAGACGACGACACCAAAGACAACGAUUCCGUUGCCUCUGAUGUCAAGAAAAACGAUAAGAAAGUUGUCGACAAAAAGAAAAGCAAACCGAAUGACGACAACGAAAAUAAUAACAAAGAAAAGCAAAAGAAUAACGAAUCGGAAGAAGAGGAAGAGGAGGAAGAACUGGACGUCAAGAAAGACAAAGAGGAGCCCAAAAAGAAAGGCAGACCUCAGGGCAGACCUAAGGCUCAGACAAACAAAAAGCCUAAGAAAGACGAGUCCGAAGACGAAGGGAAGGACGACGUGGAAGAGGAUGAAGACGAUGAGGAAGAGUCGGGCAGUGAUGACCACAAGUCACCCAAAGGUCGCAAACCCCAGAAGGGGAAGAAUUCGGCGCCAACUGGAAGGGGUCGUCCGCGAAGAACAUCGCAAUCGAAACCCGCGAAUAAGUCCGUCGUUUCCAUUGGAGACUAUGUGGUCAGCGAUGAAGACCUCUGGGAGAGUGAAUCCGAAGAAGAAUUCAAACCAAAGCGCGGAAAACGACGCGGAAGUGAUUCGGAGAGCGAUUGGGAGGCAGAACACAAACGCGGCGGUCGAACGGUUCGCAAGAAAUACAACGAAUCCGGAAGUGAUUCCGACAGCGAUUGGGGAAAGAAAAAGAAAAAGAAGACUCCUAAAAAGCCGGCGAAAAAGCGCCAAAAGCCGACCCGAAAGUCGCCGCGAAAGCAAAUGAGUGAAUCGGAGGACGAAAUCGAUGAUCUCGACGACGACGACGAAGAAGAAGAGGAGGAGAAGCCUAAGGGUCGCAGAAAGGCUAAGAAAGACGAGUCCGAAGAGGAGGAAAGCGAUGAUGACUAUAGAGGCGGUCGCAAAGCGCCUGCAAAAAAGGGUCCCAAAAAAGGUGGUCCCGGAAGACCCAAACGAGAGGCCGCUAAACGAGGGGCCAAAAAGAGAGCGCGCGAUGACGACGACGAAGAGGAUGAAGAGGUCUCUGAAGAGGAUUCGAUGACUAAAAGGAAGCGAAACUCGCGAAAAGCGGCCGAAGAAUCUGAAGAUGAAGAGGAAUCUGAUGGCGAAGACGUGGACAGUCUUGUAAAGGAGGCCAAAGGGUUUGUGCGAAACAAGAAUUUGGCCAAAAAAGUGUGAAAUAUUUUUUGGGGACAAAAAACACGAUACUUUCGACUCUUCAGAGAACUCUUCAUCCUAUCAUUCAUUGAUUGAUAUAAUAAUGAAAUCAUUUUUUGCUAUUCUUUUCAGUUUAAAUCAAUUCAUUGUAUCUCAAAAUAUAAGUCUAUGUUUUAGUCGUUAGUAACACAUAAUGGUUACUAAUGAACGCAUUUUAUCCAACAAUUCCUUGUCUAUGCUUUUCAUUAAAGAAAACAAACUAUUUAUCCCUUUUAAAGGUUUUGCACACAAACGACAAACACAAACAAAAAAUACAAUAAAACAUAACAAAUACAAUGUUUUUCCAUAUUUUUACGAUUUUAUUCCACCCUUUCUUUUAAGACUUCAUAUAUCGAAAGCAAACUUUUCGUACAAAAUGUCAAUUCAAUUAUUAAUUCAUUUUAAUUAUUAUAAUUAUAAUAAGACUUAGCAUUUGGUGAUGAAUUAAAUUACGAACAGUUCGUAAACAUUAAAUUAAA